GGUGCACCUCAUCACCUGGAACGUGGGCUCCUCCAUGCCUCCUGACGACAUGACAGACCUGCUGGGGCUGCGGGUGGGCGACGGGAACACAGACAUGUACAUUAUCGGACUACAGGAAGUGAACUCGAUGAUAAACAAAAGGCUGAAAGACGUCCUCUUCACAGACCAGUGGAGCGAGGCCUGCAUGGACCGACUCAGCCCCUUCGGUUACGUGCUGGUGACGUCCCAGAGGAUGCAGGGUGUGCUGCUGCUGUUGUUCGCCAAGUACUACCAUCUGCCCUUCCUCCGAGGGGUCCAGACGGAGACCACCCGCACCGGCCUGGGGGGCUACUGGGGCAACAAGGGUGGCGUGAGUGCGCGCAUGUCGGUGUUCGGCCACACGGUGUGCUUCCUGAACUGCCACCUGCCCGCCCACAUGGAGAACUCGGAGCAGCGCAUGGAGGACUUUGAGAGCAUCCUGCAGCAGCAGACCUUCGAGGGCCAGGCCGCCACCGGGGUCCUGGACCACGACGUUGUCUUCUGGUUCGGGGAUCUGAACUUCCGGAUCAAUGACCUUGAGAUGCAGGUGGUGAAGUCCGCCAUCGAGAGCAACAAGCUCGCCGUGCUGUGGGAGAAGGACCAGCUCAACAUGGCCAAGGACAAUGAGGUGGUGUUGGAGGGCUUCCUUGAGGGUCCGCUGAAGUUCAUGCCCACCUACAAGUUUGACGUUGGAACAGACACAUACGACACCAGCGGGAAGAAGCGCAAGCCGGCGUGGACGGACCGCAUCCUGUGGCGUCUGCGGCCACCGGCGGCGAGCUCCGCCCCAAAGGCGGGGAAGCGUGCGUCCAUGUCGGGUCUGAGCUGCGGCACCAAGGUGACGCAGCACUGCUACCGCAGCCACAUGGAGUACACGGUCAGCGACCACAAGCCUGUGGCCUCCAUCUUCACUCUACAGUUCCCCUACAAGGUGGACUCGCCCCUGGUCACCCUGCUGGUGGAGGACGAGUGGACCAGUCUGGCCGAUGCCGUCGUUACGUUCAGAUUGGCUCCCAGCUACGCCCGCAGCUCCUGGGACUGGAUUGGUCUGUACAAGGUGGGGUUCAGGCACCACAAGGACUAUGUAGGAUAUGUGUGGGCCAAGCAAGAGGAGGCAGACUACCAGCGGCAAGAACAUCAGGUAACCUUCACUGAGGAGGAGCUCCCCAAGACCUGUGGCGACUUCAUCCUCGGUUUCUAUAGCAACAACAUGAACACCAUCGUGGGGGUGACCGAGCCCUUCCAGAUCCUGCUGCCCUCGGAGCAGCGAGACGCCAGCGCCUCAGACGACAGCUCUGAGGUCAGCUCGGAGGACGACUCCCCCGACGGCCCCCACGGCCCGACCAGGUCCCGGUCCCGCAGCCCCAGCCCCGGGCCAAGCGGGGCUCCGCGCCGCAACCACAGCCGCGGUCCCGACGCCCCCGAAGUAAGGGGGCUGAAGCUUGCCGACGCUGAGACCCACGCCCCCGAAGGUCCACCAGAGGUGGAGAGUCUCCCGGCCUCUGGCCCAGCAGAGGGCACUUCAGCUGGGGAGGCGGAGUUGUGAUGCAGACACCCCCCUCCAUCUCUCUCUCUCUCUCUCUCUUGCAGACACCUCUCUCUCUCUCUCUCUCUCUCUCUCUCUCUCUCUCUCUCUCUCUCUCUCUCUCUCUCUCUCUCUCUCUCUCUCUCUCUCUCGCUCUCUCUCUCUCUCUCUCUCUCUCUCUCUCCAGUUGGGCUGUGAUGUAACUUGUUAUAUGCACUGUAGGUAGACACUGUGUGGUUCGUAGAGUGGAGUUCAUUAUAUGGAAACCAUUAUUUCAGGACUAAGGUUAGCCGUCAGGUCUAUUGAGGACGGAGGCUUACUUUCGGAGUUGAUUUUUAUUACAAGUUUCACGUUACACUAGCUUUACUUUUUUUAUACUUGUAUUCCUCUGCCUCUCUUCUACGUUGUGUGUCUUCUGUCUCUCUGGCUGAGCCAUCAGAGGGCUCGCUAAUGAGUUAUCACACUUUACCCAGCCCUCAUACAGACAGAAACCAAGACAGACCAAACGCUUCAAAAUAAGCCCACCGGCGUAUUUGACCACACGCGUUUCAUGAACAUGAGGAAACUGCCCUCAUGUUCUAGCAGGCGAAUAUACAUGAGAGAGAACCAUCCUCACACACCCUCCUCGGGAGCCAUCAAAUCCGGAUUGCAUUUCAAAAGGGGAAUGCAUCAUAAAGGUGACGUUUAUUAGAGACAGAGUUUACAGAGAGUACACUCGACCAAUAAGGCCAUAGUGACACAAGAACCCCCCCGCCGCCCCCCUGGGUCUGAUCAGGUCUGCCAUUAGAGACCUUAAGAACCUCAAGGUCAGUCUGUGGUCACGCCUUUGCUGUGAUGAUAACAACUCACAAUUCACACCCUUUGUUUACACUCUAACAUAACCAUCACCUCAAUGGGAGAGUAGUGCCCUCCCAGUCCAUGCUGGUUUCCAUGGGUUCCAUUUAAAACAAGCGCUCCGCCUUCGGGUAACCUUCGUUAUCUUUCUCCUUUCUGCACUUUGACAGUUUUGUCCCUCUUUUAUUUGUCGAUGUCCCCCCACUGUUGGUUAAGAAGCAGGCGGUGCUCUCUGCACUACUUUGUGUCAGUUAUUAGCUUGUGAGAUUUUAGACAGAUUGAAGAACAAUGGUCAAUGAUUAGGCAAUGUGUAGCCUAGUAUUCCUCUAUCAGUGUGUGUGUGUG